AAACGCUCAACAAAAUUGACAACAACUUCAUCAACUGCCCGACUGGCCGACUGCCCGACUGACUGUCAGCAAACGAGCUAAGCGCAGCGUGUUUUCGGGUCCACCCUAAACCCACUCUAGCCCCCCUCCCCCCCCUCGCCACCGACGGGCCACCAUGGCAUUGCAGGGACAGACGUUCUGCUUCUCGGCAGCUGGAUUUAUCGCUUGCUCAGCAAUCGUUCUGCUUUGCAGUUCCGAGGUCCUGUCCAGCUGGGAGGAAUGGUGGACGUACGAUGGCAUUUCCGGUCCCAGCUUCUGGGGCCUCAUCAAUCCGCAGUGGAAUAUGUGCAACAAAGGACGCCGCCAGUCGCCCAUUGAUGUGGUGCCCGACAAGCUGCUCUUCGAUCCGUACCUGCGACCGCUGCACAUUGAUAAGCACAAGGUUUCCGGCACGCUGCACAACACGGGUCAAUCACUCGUCUUUCGCGUGGACAAGGACACAAAGCAACACGUGAACAUAUCCGGAGGUCCUUUGGCCUAUCGCUAUCAAUUCGAGGAGAUUUACAUACACUACGGCACCGAGAACAGUCGCGGCUCCGAGCACUUUAUACAGGGCUACAGUUUCCCGGGCGAGAUACAAAUCUAUGGCUUCAACAAGGAGCUGUACCACAACAUGUCCGAGGCGCAGCAUAAAUCACAGGGCAUUGUCGGGCUCUCGUUGAUGGUGCAAAUUGGCGAAACGCCCAAUCCCGAGCUGCGCAUCAUAACAAGCACAUUCAACAAGGUCCUCUAUAAAGGCUUCUCGACGCCCAUUCGGCAUAUAUCGGUUCGAUCGCUGCUGCCGAAUACGGAUCAUUAUAUCACGUACGAGGGAUCCACCACGCAUCCGGGCUGCUGGGAGAGCACCGUCUGGAUAAUAGUUAAUAAACCCAUCUAUAUCACCAAACAAGAGUUAUAUCAACUCCGACGACUGAUGCAAGGCUCCGAGAGUACACCGAAAGCUCCAUUAGGUAAUAAUGCGCGACCCGUGCAAAGUUUACACCAUAGAACCGUAAGGACGAACAUAGAUUUUAAGCGUCAUAAGAAUCAAAACGCAUGCCCUUCCAUGUACAAGGACAUGUACUAUCGAGCGAAUCGCUGGUCGCCAGACACGGGACUUCAGAUACGUUGACGACAACAACGACAACAAAGAGAACAACAGCAACAACAACAACAACUGGAACUGGAACUGGAACUGGAACUGGAUCUGAGGCUGGCAACGCAUUUCGCAUUUUUGAUGCCGCAUUCAAAUUUUAUAUUCACGUUUUUGAAACGAGCUCAGGAUUCGUUUGGCUUGCAACAUUCCUAACAGCAACAACAACAACUAUUACAAACAACAACAAACAUCGCAUAUAUAUAUACACACACACACACACAUAUAUACACACACACAUAUAUAUAUAUAUAUAUAUAUCGUUUCAUUAAUAGCAACAAGGUAAAAAGAGUUUGACUUCGGCUAGCCGAAUGUCUAAUGCCCUUGCAGAGUCCUCCGCCUGAACCGAAUGCCGAGCUAGCCUUCAAAUUAUUCCAGCUUCCUUCUAUAUACACACUCAUACACA